CCCAAAAAUACACAUACGCACACACGCACGAAGCAAACCACGCGGUCGCGGCGAGAGGGGAGGGGGGAGAGAGAUGGAGGCAUGAGCACCUCCUGCGCAGCCACCGCCUCCGCCGAUCCCCUGGAAACCCUAGCGGCCGGGGCCCCCACCUCCCCCGCGGCGGGCUCGCCGGGACCGUGGUGAGGAGGCGGCGGCUUUGCGGGUGACGACGAUGCCGUCGCACGCGGAUCUGGACCGGCAGAUCUCGCAGCUGCGGGAGUGCAAGUUCCUGGCGGAGGCGGAGGUCAAGACGCUGUGCGAGCAGGCGAAGGCGAUCCUCAUGGAGGAGUGGAACGUGCAGCCCGUGCGGUGCCCCGUCACCGUCUGCGGCGACAUCCACGGCCAGUUCUACGACCUCAUCGAGCUCUUCCGCAUCGGCGGGGACUCCCCUGACACCAACUACCUCUUCAUGGGCGACUACGUCGACCGUGGCUACUAUUCAGUGGAGACUGUUACAUUAUUAGUGGCUCUUAAAGUUCGUUAUAGAGACAGAAUCACAAUAUUGAGAGGAAAUCAUGAGAGCAGACAAAUCACCCAAGUGUACGGCUUCUAUGAUGAAUGCUUACGAAAGUAUGGAAAUGCAAAUGUUUGGAAGUACUUCACGGACUUGUUUGAUUAUUUGCCUCUUACAGCUCUUGUAGAGAACCAGGUCUUUUGCCUCCAUGGCGGUCUCUCGCCAUCAUUGGAUACAUUGGAUAACAUUCGUGCUCUCGAUCGCAUACAAGAGGUCCCUCAUGAAGGACCCAUGUGUGAUCUUUUGUGGUCUGACCCAGACGAUCGAUGUGGGUGGGGAAUUUCACCAAGGGGGGCAGGAUACACAUUUGGGCAAGAUAUUGCACAACAAUUCAACCAUACAAAUGGCCUUAGCCUUAUUUCAAGGGCCCAUCAACUUGUGAUGGAAGGGUUCAAUUGGUGCCAGGACAAGAACGUUGUCACGGUGUUCAGCGCCCCAAAUUACUGUUACCGUUGUGGUAACAUGGCAGCAAUUCUAGAAAUCGGGGAGAACAUGGAUCAGAACUUUCUGCAGUUCGAUCCAGCCCCGCGGCAAAUAGAGCCAGACACAACACGCAAGACCCCCGACUACUUUUUGUAAUCUUUUUUAACUUCUGCUGUUGAUGUUCCUCUCUGCUGCGUCUGGUUUAUGUAGAUCUUCGUCCUUAGAAAAUGGGUUCUCUCCUCGAGCCAGGCUGUACCUCAUUCUUUUUGUUUGGAGAUUUUGUUGCAGCUCCUCAGAACUUCCAUAGAACAUGUUAAGACGUACAUGGCGUUCUUUUUCUUUUUUCUGUACUCCCAUUUUGUAUUAUUGAGACAGAGAGAUGUGAAGCUGCAAUAGAAUUAUCUCGUGACAUA